ACGCUGUGUUUUCGUCGACAUUGAGGAGUUCUAUUCUUUUUUGUCCCUCCUUCCUCCACAUCAAUUGCCCGACUACCGGUACCAUAAUAUAUGAUAGUGGGUAGAUACAGCGGUUGGCAAUAAUGGCGAGUUCGUACAAGCUUAAGCUAGCAAUAGUAACCCGCCCCUCUCCCCUCCUCCUCUCUUCCCAACUAACCUUCCUUCCAUUUCUCCAGGUCCUCCUGACAGCCUUAGCCUAUCUCUACAAAUCCGUGACCAAGCGCAGCCCACUCUACCUCCUCGCCCGGCCCCCUCCCCUCCACCCUUCAAUCUCCGAUGGCUGCAGCAAGAACUUUCCAGAGCUCUUACAAAACUGCGAGGACUUCUCCGUCCUCCCAAACACAACCCUACUGUUCCUCUCGUGCGACCGCUCGCGUCGAGAGUGGUACCACGUCUUCCGCGCUUUCCCCCCGGACGCGCCGAAGGGCGAGAUAUUCCUGUGGGACUAUGGCAAGCCGGAAGUGAAGCCGGCGCUGUUGUCUGGAGCGGAGAGCCUGGGUGUCGAUUUCCACCCUUUGGGACUUAGCGCUGUGAUGAGGGAAGAGGGGGAUGAGGUGAGGUUAUUCGUGACGAAUCAGGCCAAGGAGAAGGCUAGGAUCGAAGUACUCGACGUGAACUUGGAAACCAAGACUGCGCGACACAAGCGCAGUCUGACGGACGUGAAGAUAUUCUCCCCGAAUGGCAUAGUCGGCGUCGACGAGAGCUCAUUCUUCAUCACGAACGACGGUUUCUUCUCCAGAAGGUGGAGCACAGCGCUGCUGUUCGAAGUCAUCCUUGGCGCGCCGGGGGGGCAGGUCGUGCACGUCUCCAUCCCCCCACCAGCUUCCGCGGUAGACGAGGACUCGGUGAACGCUUACAGCGUCGCUUGGAUUUCACUUGCGAACGGCCUCGCGCUCGACCAUGCCAAGCAGAAAUUGCACAUUGCCAGCAGUACGCACGGUGUCUACACCUAUUCAAUCCCCGAUAUGGCGCACCCGUACCUCGCCGUCCCGGAGUCGUUCCGUCGUACGCCCUUCGCAGCGGAUAAUCUGCACUUGGGCCCCACUGGCCGCCUGUUCGUCAGUGGGAUAUCCUCGCUCGGUGACUUUGCGACGAGUAUGCUCUCCGAGGGAAAGGUGGGACCCCCGGCAUGGACUGCGGAGUUGCUGUCGGAGGUGGAUCCUAGCGAUAAGAGAGAGGCAGCGCUACGAGGGUUGGAUCCGGCCAAUAGUCCACUCAGGAAGGAAGAGUGGGUAUGGAGGAGUGUAUAUUUGGAUGAUGGCAAGUUCUUUGGCGGGAUUAGUACCGGAGGCGUGGUGGACAUGAAGGGGACGUUUGUCGGCGUCAGUGUUGUGGGGAGGGGGGUCUUGGUUUGCGAGAAGGUUAUUGAGAGGCCGGGAGUGCUUGUUGGGAAGGAGGGGGAGGAGAGGAAGACAAGGGAGGAGCUGUAGUUCCCUGUUUGGUUUUCUUGCAAGUUGAAUGUAUCUUAUGUGAGGGGAGAGAGAGAGAGGAUUGCCAGCUAGAGUGCACUGCCUUAAAAUUGCGCUACUCACAAUGAGUCGAGGACCCCACUAUUCCUCUCCCUUGCUCAAAGACGAAGGAAUCCUCUACAUCCACAAUGUAUAACAUAAUUUCCUGAUAUCGU